AUGGCUGCGCACCAUAGCGCCAACAGUGGAGCCGCGGGGAAGAAGGGGUAUGUAAUUGCAAUCAGGCGGCGGAUCACGCUUGAGAAGCUCGCGAACUUCUCCGAGUGUGACGUGCUGGUGCUGGUGGCGUGUGCGGAGGGGGUAAUCCUGGAUUGCAUGGGGCAGGGCAGCAGUGGGAGCGAUCGCAGCAGCGGUGGUAGCAAGGCGUUUUAUGCGCCGAUGGUGACGCCGUUUGAGGCGAUGAUGACGCUGGAGGAAGGGCGGGAGUGGACGGGGAAGUAUCGGAUGCUGCUGGAUGGUAUGUGCGCUGCUGGUGCUCGUGGCAUGUGCAGAGGGGGUGCUGCUGGAUGGCAUGGGGCAGGGCAGCAGUGGUGGUGGGUGGGAGUGGUGGUAGCACCGGUGGUAGCAGGGCGUUUUUGCUGGUUUCCCCCCCCCGUCACUGUGAAAGGAUCACGGGUCGGGGUUCCUGGCACUGUGGUGUGA